AUGGAAAAUAGGAUCUGUGAUUUGCCUGACGAUUUGAUUCUUCAGAUCAUGCUCUUCGUCCCCACAAAAGAUGCAGUAGCCACCACAAUCCUGUCUAAGCGAUGGCGUUUCAUAUCCGCUCUGCUUCCUAUACUCGAGUACAAAGACAGCGGCAGCGGGACCAUUGGGUGGUUUAUUGAGAAGUCUUUGCAACUCCAUAAGGCACCAAAACUAGAGAAGCUGGCUGUUGAACUCGGUCCACAUUCUCCUGUUGACGUUGAUGUGGAGAAGUGUCUUGAGAAUGCAGUUAAUCGAGGUGUGCACGACUUAGAUAUCAAUCUCCUCUGGAGCGCAGAGCUCACAAGCUUUCCAAAGAGCCUCUACACAUGCGACACUCUCGUUGAUUUAGUUCUGUCCAACAAGAUUAUAGUGGAUGUUCCUUCCCCGGUUAGCCUACCAUCUCUCUUAUCUCUUUCUCUCAUCAACGUGGUGUACAAAGACGAAGACUCUCUUGCUGGAAUUUUAUCAAGUUCCUCUGUUCUAAACUGGCUGAUGGUGGAACGACGUGUGGAUGACAACUUGACACACUUUACCGUGAAAGUGUCUACCUUAGAAACAUUAUAUUAUACAGGUGCUUGGCCCAUGGAUGAGGCCGUAGAGGAAGGGGAUGAUGAUGAUGAUGAUGAUCUCAUUGGGUCGUUGGUAAUAGAUACCCCUGCAUUAGAUGAUAUAAGCUUAAUUAACAUUUGCGAAGACUGUUGCUUGAUAGAUACUAUGCCGUGUCUUGAUGUGGCAUACAUAAGCCAUGUUAUUUACCCCGAUGACAAGUUUCUGAAAUCUCUUUCUUUUGUCAAACAUCUGCACUUGUGUUUGACCAAUUCGAUGGUUGGUAGCAGUAACGACAUUAAAUUCUCUCGGCUCAUAGAGUUUUACUUUUUAACAAAAACAGUAGAUUGGUUGGAACCACUUAUGUUUUUCCUUCAAAAUUCUCCUAAACUGAAAUUUCUUACGAUCCACACGGAACAUGAGAGUCCCUCACCUCCCUGGAACCAGCCGAGUUCUAUUCCGGGAUGCUUAUCAUUUCAGCUAGAGAUCUUUGUGUGGAACAACUAUGAAGGAAGAGAUGAUGAGAAACAACUACUGUCAUACAUUCUUGCUAACUCAGAGUGUUUAAAGAGAGCGGAGAUAAAUCCCAUAGCAACCUGCAAUCUUGAAGAGAGACAAAAGGAGAUACAAUCUAUGCCUAGGAUUUCAACAUCAUCUCGGCUUCUAUUCCCCACUCAAAUGAAUCGGUGGUUUGACGGAUACUGUUAUCGUCACUAG